AUGGAAGGAGACGAGGCAGGGGUGAGGUCAGCACUUGACAGGGGUGCCCGGCCCGAGGUCACCGUCCCCACUAAUGCUGGGGUGUCAUGGAGUCUGCUGACUGAGGCUGCCAGCAAGGGCCACGAGCACCUGCUGUCGCUCUUACUGCAGGCAGGGUUAAGCAUAGAAGGUGGAGGCACCACUGACAUAACACCGCUGAUGAUGGCUGCCCAGAAUGGCCACGCCCAUACAGUGAAGGCGCUGCUGGACCUCCGUGGUAACCCUCUGGCCAUGAAUAGUGACGGUGAGGCUGCACACACCCCGGUGCACCUCGCCAGUUAUCGUGGCCACGUGGAGGUACUGGAGCAGCUGGCAGGUGCUGGCUGGCCCCUCACCGCCAAGAACAGUGAUGGCGACACACCCAUGCACUUUGCUGCGGCCGGGGGUAGAGUGACAUGUGUGCAGUGGCUGGUGCAGCGAGGCGGUGACACAAGCAUACAAAAUAAUGCUGGACACACCCCGCUUGACAAGGCUGCCAGCAAGGGCCACGAGCACCUGCUGUCUCUCUUACUGCAGGCAGGGUUAAGCAUAGAAGGUGGAGGCACCGCUGACAGGACACCGCUGAUGAUGGCUGCCCAGAAUGGCCACGCCCAUACAGUGAAGGCGCUGCUGGACCUCCGUGGUAACCCUCUGGCCAUGGAUAGUGACGGUGAGGCUGCACACACCCCGGUGCACGUCGCCAGUUAUGGUGGCCACGUGGAGGUACUGGAGCAGCUGGCAGGUGCUGGCUGGCCCCUCACCACCAAGAACAGUGAUGGCGACACACCCAUGCACCUUGCUGCGGCCGGGGGUAGAGUGACAUGUGUGCAGUGGCUGGUGCAGCGAGGCGGUGACACAAGCAUACAAAAUAAUGCUGGACACACCCCGCUUGACAAGGUAGGCAGUGGGGAGGGGCAGGAGGGUGGACGUAUGCAAACUGUCUUACGAUCUGGUUCAAAGUUUAACAGAUAG